CUCGACGGGAUACGCAAUAAAAUCGGUGCUCGAUGCAAAUCCUGUUCGAUUGUUUGCGAGAUCGUUUCGUGAAUAUUCAACGGGGCGUGCGGUGAAUCGAUCGAGCGGAGGAGACUUGGGCGCUUCCUUGUUGCGAAGCGAGGAACGGUAUCGCGUACGAUGAGGAACGGUUCACCGGGCAACGUUCAGGGUCGGCCUUGCUGUUUCGCGUGACACCGUUCGUGGACAGACACGCUUCGUUCCGGACAUCGGUGGACCCUGCUGUUUUCCUGUCCGGGUGAAUAUCGGUGAACGGUGUCGAGAUAACGGCCGAUGAUACCGUUUUGCUGAUAUACCGUCGAUAUCGUGCCACGGUUUGCGGUGCUUGGUGAGAUGAGCUUGUUGCGAUUCGGCCCUUUCAAGGAUGCGAAAAAACAAAAUGGGGCGGCAUUGCGAACGAACAGUUUGGGCUCUGGGGCGCGGACACCACCCCUCGAGAGGAAAAGUAAAUUUUCAGCCCUCGGUAGACUCUUCAAACCCUGGAAGUGGAAACGGAAAAAGAAAUCGGAUAAAUUCGAGGCUGCCUCAUUGUCGCUCGAGAGGAAAAUCUCUGUACGAGCAAGCAGAGACGAGCUGGUACAGAAAGGAAUCCUGUUGCCCGUCAUAAGGUCCACGUCGUUUCCCGAAAAUGAGACGGGUGGCGACUCGCCGGACAGCCAGAAGCCACCGACGCCGCAACAAACGCCCCAGCAACAGCAGCAGCAACAGCACCAGCACCAACAGCAGCAGCAGCAGCAGCAGCAACCGAACAUUGGAGGGAUCGGUGGUGGCGGGGGUGGCGGCACCCCUGCAGCAACACCCACGUCGGCCGUGGGCACCGUGCAGCAAUCCCAACAAUCCCAGCAAGUAGCAUCGGCCACGCCGACCCCCACGACUGCCAAUCCGCAUUCUACAGGACCGCCCAGCAAUCAACCCUCGCCUCAUCCCUCGCCCCUUUAUCCGGGGAUACCGCAGCCUGGCCAGCCCAACGGCAACACGCAAGUGGAGAAGGGGGUCCUAGACCAAAGCAACGAGAACCAGCAGGUGAUCGAGAGGUGUUACCCUCUUCCGCCCCAGAACACGUUGAUGCUGUCGGAACUUCCGGAACCGCCGAUUCCGCUCAGCGAGAUCGGCCCGAUCCCACCCCCUCCGAUGUUCAGCUCCUCGAGUCCAACCCUCUUGUUGGCCAAGCAACGGCAAAUAAGAAACCCUUUGUCGUCGGACUACGAGGACGAAGAAGACGAAGAGGACUUCGACGUGGAGGAGGAGGACAACAUGUACGUGCCGAGGAUGUCGCAGCCUGAUCCGACCAUCGACACGUCCAGGGUGGAGGAGAUCCCCGCGAAGGAGCCUAAGUUUCACGCGGUCCCUUUAAAGAGCGUUCUGAAGAAGAGGGGUUCCGGAAGUGGGCCUGGCACGCCCCAGAACACGCCCACGCAGGAGAACAGGCCGUUGACCCUUCGCCAGGAGCUGCACGCCUCCUUCAAAAGGCCACCGUUGAGGCCUAGGAUGAGAAUAUGCAGUCGACCAGUUAGAUUCGGCCUUGCUCUUCCAUGCACCCUCGAGAACAAGGAGAACGCGAGGCCGUACGUGAUAAGGGAGGAUGUGGAUGGCGAUUCAGGGGACGGGCAGGUGCUCUACAGGGACGAGUACGACGAUGAGAAAAGCCGGUUGGCAGCAAAGAUCGCGCGCAAGGAGUCGCUGUCCCUGAAACUCGCCCUGAGGCCGGACAGGCAGGAGCUCAUCAACAGGAACAUCCUUCAGCUGCAGACGGACAAUGAGAGGCAGGAAACGAAGGAGGCAAUUGGUGCCAAGCUCAUCAGGCGGCUGAGCAUGCGACCGACCCAGGAGGAACUGGAGGAACGAAACAUUUUGAAAAAGCAAAGUCCUGCAGAGGAGAAGAAGCAAAAAGAAGAGAAGAAGCGGUAUCUGCUUCGAAAGCUCAGCUUUCGACCGACGGUUGAAGAGCUCAAGGAGAAGAAGAUUAUCAGGUUCAACGACUACAUCGAAGUCACGCAGGCUCACGACUACGACAGAAGGGCCGACAAGCCUUGGACGCGGUUAACUCCUAAGGACAAGGCAGCCAUUAGGAAGGAGUUGAACGAGUUUAAGAGUUCGGAGAUGGCCGUUCAUGAGGACAGCCGACACCUCACCAGGUUCCAUAGGCCAUGACAAUUGCAAUGUGUUGAGGUGCUACAGUGUGGUGCGGGUAUAGGUGAAGGUG